AUGCAUCUCGAAAUGGAUAUAUGCCUAGAUGUCAACGACGAUAUUGAGCAGCUUUCACGACUUAAUCAGCUGGGACACUUCAAUGAAGCCAUCUGUUUGUUUCAUGAGCGACUAGCCUCCCACGUGGACUUCUUCCCCGUCACAGCGGAAUAUGCCGAUCUGAGCUUAGAGCAAGGCAACUUUGGAGUUGCACAUGCAUUCAUCAGCGCGCGCCUGGAUGGCAUGGCCUCGAUAUUCUCCACCGUUGAGUUACGACUGUUGAGGCUUCUCAAGGCUUUUGCAGAAAUUUACACCAAGGGUGCUUUGAUACCGGCCUUACAAAUGACAAAACAAACACUUCACGAUCUGGAAACCGAGGCCAGCGAGGAUCCAUCCUUUUUCAAAUCGUCAAUAGGGCAGCAUAUCCAAUUAGUCAUCUUGCCACUGAUGGGAGAUUGUGAGGGUCGUUAUAUCCCUGACGGGGUAUUUGAGGGUUUUUUCCAUCUACCCAACGUGGGCGACGCCAAAAGCUAUUUCUCGGGAGAUGGGAUACCUUUCCAGUCUGAGGAUCAGCAGGUUGUGACAGAACUUGGAAACGCCACCCUGCUUGCAGGGUUUUUGAAUUCUUACAACGCCGAUGAAUCUGUGAGGGCAACUCAGCGCCAUUUCUUCGAGAAGGCCCGUUCGAUUGCUGUGUCAAUUGCCUCAGAAUAUCCGCAUGUGCUCAAAAGUAGACCAUACCUCAACUGGCUAUAUCUGGCAGAGACUGAAGUAAGCGGAAUGUAUGAGAAGCUGAGCACCUCCAACAGCCUAUUAUUUUUUCCACCCGUUUGGUGCCGGGAUUCCAUGGGUGGCGUUCAAUCGCUCCUAUCCACUGGCGUGAGGCUCGCGGGUUUUGCUGACGGAUCAGUACCAGCCGGUGCUACCACUUUCUUGCAAGAGACCAAUAUAAGGAUUAUCAUGGCAGCCGCCGAAGAGCAAGGGGACUACAAAUUGCAGAUAUUCCUCCUCCAGGCACUUUUGAACAACUGCGCAGUCAUUGAUUGGAGGACUAACAUCAUAAAAGCCAUGUCAAAGCUGCGUCAAGGCGUCAUGAAGGAUGCUGGAGGCUAUCUGCAAUGUUUAAUCGCCGAGUGGCGGUUCUUCAUAGAUUCAAAUCCAGACGCCACCAGUGAAACGAUCAUGAAUCUCUACUCCCGAAUCGCUGAGUUCAAUGACGCAUAUCCUUCUCACUUUGACUUCAAGCCUGAGGAAAGGCAGCGUUUGAAGCUGAUCUUGUUCGACGUCCCCAUCUUCGUUUGGAUGAAACACCUUGCUAUGGAGCGACUCCUGCGGGGUAUGAAUCGCAAUACAGAGGCCGACAUCUCGAGGGUUAGGAAUCCUCUGAUUGAACGACAUUUGCCCUUCCAUGUAACCUCUCGCCUUGGUAUGACAUUGUUCCGCUGUGCAGGUUGUGUCGACUGCGGUGGUGACACGUAUCCGUAUCCGUAUCAUCCGCAUAAUCUCCCUGUGUAUGGAAGCGGUCCAUAUACGCAGUAUCCUCCCGAUGGCUUUUAUUCAUCUCGCUCUGGGAAUGCACUCUAUUUGUAUCAGCCGGCGACUCGCGGGCGAGUUGCUCGUGGACGCCGCCCUUGUCGAUCUCUUUCCCCUCAGCCUGCUUCUUCUCCGCGUGAUCUCCCCCAGCGUGUCUCUCGUCCUUCCCCACCAACAGGUCUGCCCAGUCAGCCUGCUAUUGAGCAUGAGACAUAUCGAUAUCACACGGUGGGAGAUGAGACAGCGUCUGAAAUAGAGGAAAUAAUUCGACACUCACGGGAUUCUGGAGGCCGGCCACAGAAGGAAAAACCCUCCCGCAACUCCCGGAAGGGUUCCAAGCGGGAAAAGAAAGGAAGUGCCUCGAAGAUUGGGAAGGGGCAGGACGGAAAGAAGAGCGACGCCAGCGAUCUAGAAGACGACGAUUCCAGCAGUGUGGAAUAUGAUAGUUAG